AUGUCUUCCUUUGGUCGGGCUUUUGCUAUACUCAUGGCAGUUGCUUGUAUGGCAAGCACCCUAGUUGUGGCUCAAAAGUGUGGCUGUGCCUCAGGGUUAUGCUGCAGCAGAUGGGGUUACUGUGGCACCACAGCCGCCUACUGCGGUGAUGGGUGUCAACAAGGUCCUUGUUAUUCCUCGACCACCCCGAGUGGUUCUGUUAUGGUCCCAAAUCUAGUGACCGAUGCGUUCUUUAAUAGGAUCAUUAACCAAGCAAGCUCAAGCUGUGCUGGUAAGAGAUUCUACACCAGGUCCGCUUUCUUGAGUGCUCUGAGGUCUUAUCCUCAGUUUGGCAGUGGAUCCUCCGAUGUCGUUAAGCGUGAAGUUGCUGCCUUCUUUGCUCAUCUUACCCAUGAAACUGGACAUUUUUGCUACAUAGAGGAAAUUGCAAAAGCAACCUAUUGUCAAUCGAGCAGAACAUGGCCAUGCAAUCCAAAUAAGAAAUACUACGGAAGAGGCCCUCUUCAAAUCACAUGGAAUUACAACUACGGAGCAGCAGGUCGAAGCAUUGGCUUUGAUGGUUUGAAUAAGCCGGAAACAGUUGCCAACAAUGUUGUUAUCGCCUUCAAGACAGCCUUCUGGUUUUGGAUGAACAACGUCCACUCUCGUAUCGUCUCCGGCCAAGGGUUCGCCUCCAGCAUUCGAGCUAUCAAUGGUGGGGAAUGUAAUGGUGGUAACAAAAGGGCGGUCAAUGCUCGUGUUAAGUACUAUACUCAGUACUGUAACCAACUUGGAGUUUCACCUGGGAAUAACCUCUCUUGCUAA